UUUUACCUAGAAUACAGUUCUCCAGGGAAAAGGCGAUUUGAUGAGGUUGAAGCCAUUGGAGACAGUCCAAACAAAAAAGGGAGAAGAAACCGAUUCAAAUGGGGACCAGCAUCCACUAGUAUCUUAUAUCAAGCAUAUGAAGAUCAAAAAAACCCUUCAAAAGAAGAAAGGUUUGUAACAGCAUUGCCUAUUUUGCAGGAGGCUAGAAUAUGGGUGUUAAUAUUUCCUAUAAACAAGACCUUUGCUGCGGUGGUUUCUUGGUGUUGCAGAUCUAGAUGGGUGCGGCCGCCAAAUAAUGCAAUACAAAAGAUUGAAUAGACCCUGAGCAAUACCACACCAAAAUACAAACUGAACCAACAAUUAAUGCUUUUCUGCAACACCAAGAAACAUCCCUUUUUGUUUUAGUUUUGAUGAUGAACCAGCAUUUUUUGUCUGAUAGUCCCUGUGGAAAUAUUAACUUUCAUGCAAAUGCCAAAAUCUAAUGCUCUUGGUAAUAACAGUAUUUAAGGUUUGCCUUGACAUUUUAAAGGCCUUAGUGACUUUGAUAAGCUAAGGCCCGGUUCGGAUGCGGUACUUUUCAUGAGCAGAACCUAAUACAUUAAAUAAAGUACAUGAAAAGUUCGGUGUCUGAAUCAAUUAGGAACGCCUAUUUCAAUUUGGAAGGACUCAGCCGUUCUUUCCGCCUUGUCCGGCCGGAAAUUCCCACUUUGGAUCAACAUUGAAACUCCUUUGAUUCAGAAGCCGAACUGGCCGGAUGGAUAAGUCAUUUGGGAAAUAAUUAAAUUAUAAGUAUUUUCUCAAAAUUUCCACUACUGCCAAGCAAACCAUUUAAGAAUGGACUGAUCUGGCUUGAUAGUGGUGAUAAAUAGUAGAAUUCUCUUUGCAACUGGACUGGUCUGAGCAGCCAGUGUUAAUGUUUCUGAGCAGCCAAGUCUAAUGAAUCUUUGAUCAAAAGAAGACUUUAAUAUUAAAUCAGUUUUCACCUGGAUAUUUGGAUUCACUCGGGGCCUUAUUUCAUUAUAGAUAUACUUUCUGUUUGAAGUUUUCUGUGUGUAGAUUGGGGAACAGUAUGUUCUGUAACUAGUUAGACAUGUAAUAUUAAGGCUAUGGCUAUGGCCAAAAAUCGUUUUAAGGGUUGCUACUAAACCCAUAUGUGUGUUGAGUUGUUUGCCCUGAAAAGGUUUUCUCCGAAUUCUCUGGUUUUCCCCUUUCCUGAAAACCAACAUUCCAAUUUGACCAGGAAUGGUGGACGAAGAACGACUGUGUGAAUCUGUUACCUAUAAAUCUUAUUUAUUUAUUAUGGCUUUUUAUACGAGGAACAACAAGAUGCGUCUUUCAUAAGAUGCGUCCUAAAUAAGACGCAAACUAUCUCGUAUAAACUGCACCUUAAGAUGCGUCUUAUCGAAGAACAGGUGUUAGGGGCUGUUCUUAGAUAAGAUGUGUCUUAGCUUAAUUUCAAACUGAGUGUGCCAUUUAUACGGGAUAGUUGGCCUCUUAUUUAGGACAUGUCUUAUGUAAGAUGGGUGUUAACAGCCCUAUUUUCUAUCUAUUUAUUUAAACCUAAUUGAAUGAUUUUGUGAAAAAUUUUCCAGGGAAGUACUGGUGGAGUCUUGCAACCGGGCAGAAUGUACCCAGAGAGGGGUUCCAUAUGACAAUGUGGAGGGGCUUGGUCCAAACCUAGUAACAGAGAGCCGUGUAUACAACUGGUUUGCUAACAGGCGUAAGGAGGAAACAUUUAGGUUGAAGCUUGCAAUUGAUGCUGCAAACUAUCCAGAGACACCUGGGCAAGGUGGGUCAUCACCUUUAGCUACAUGAUAAUUAUGAACUACACCUUUUGCUGUCAUUUGUGUGAAAUGGCGACCAACAGUGCAAAAAUACAUUCAUUAGCGUGAAAAGCGAACAUUUGCACAUAAAUCAGAUUCAAAUAACGAUUUUUGCAUUUUAAUCAACAUUCAAUAACAUUUUUGGGCAUUCAUUUGCAUCAUUUGACAUACAAAAGAGAAAAAUAUACUUUCAUUAAUGCCAACAUUCGAGUCAUUAUCAUUAUCUUGAAAAUCAUUGGGGACAAUAGACAAACAUUUAAGUGCAAAUGCUAUUCAGUAGCAUUUUUUAUAACACUGUUUGCAAUUCAGUAGCAUUCCUGGACAGCUUUAGAAUGGAUAAGACAAACGUUUAUGCCCUUGUACAAUCAAUUGAGUGUUCUUUACAUUUAAUAUACAAAAAUCUAUUUUCAAUCAAACAAUAGAAAUUCAAACAAAUUUGGUCUGAAUUUCAGUCUGUUAAAUGUAUAUCCCUCAAAAACCUAUAUAUUUAAACAUUCUAGGAGGUAGGUUUGCAUGAAAUCGUACCCCUUAGCACAUUUAGCUGCAGUCACAAUGUCAUGUGUCUGCGCAGAGCAGAGCUUCAAGCACCGCAGUUGUUGUGUUCAACAUUUUGGGCAAAACAUUAAUUUUAUAAUAUUCAAGCUCUUGCCAUCACUUAUUCUUCCCACUACAAUCUAUAUCAAAGGCCUACCAUUGUGCAUAAUUUCACUGAGUCUUUGUAAGCAGAAAAUAAUUCAUGACUGCUGAUUGUAACAUUGUGCUUUGUAGGACACGUCGCUGUAUCCCAACCAUUAGCUUCUCCAGGCAUACACACUCCAAUGUCACCAGUAAUUCCACAUCCCACGACUACUUCAUUAGUACCUCCCCUGGCCAAGAUGACUUCUCCUCAAACAGGGCCAGCAAAUCAUAUUGCAGUUCCUGUUUCAGCGCAGCAAUCACAGCAACCGAUGACAUUGGGUAGUAGCCAUAUGAACCAUGCCCAGCAAAUGGUCUCUGGGCAACAAGUUGGAACUCAGCCAGGUCAGCAGGGAAUGCCAAUGAUGGGCAACUUCAUUCCCGCGGUGUCUCCUCAACAAAUGCCACUUAACUUAACUAUGAUGCCUCCACCUGUGACAUCUGUGCCAACUUGUCAAGUCGCACUACAGCCACAGAUGAUGCCAGUCAGCAGUGUAGCUCCUCAUCAAUCUCCAGUGGUUCCAGGAAUCAGUCAAAUGCCAGUCAUUGUGUCAGUUCAGCCUGGUAUAGAUGGACUACCACAUGGUAUGCAACACCUUCCAGAAAAUGUUGGGCAAAUGACUGGAACACCCCAUCUUGUCCAAGUGCACCCUGUUCCCAUGACAACACUCCCUAUGCCACCUCCUUUGCAGCCAAUAACCUGCAGUGAUAUGCCAUUACCUCCAGUGCUUCAGCCCUUGUCAGUCAUGUCACCUGUGGUGCAGAUGUCACUUGCACAGGCGCAGGGACCUGUCAGUGUUCCACAGAACAAUGGUAAUACAACCAGUGAACGCCAACCAGAAUCCCCUAUAUAUGAAGUCAAACUUGACACUCCUGUCAAGGACCAGGCCACUGGAAAGCCACACCCAGCAGCUGGUGUAUCAACUCCAGACAAGGCUAAGGAAGAAAGUAAAUCUGAAAGUCUUAAGGUUGAAAAUGGUGUUGACGAGACAAUAAUAGCAGAAAAUGUUACGAUUACAACUGAGAGUGAAGAUCAAAACACUGACAGCUCUAAAACUGGUGUUAAAGUGGAAGAUUAUGAUAAGUGUUCCAAGAAGGAACAAAAACAUGAAGAAGCUUCAAAUCAUAUCAGUAGUGAUCAAUCAAAUGAGGAAAGUUGA